CCCCGCCCCAGCCUCUUCCUGCCUGAGGCAGCGAAUAUCGUCCGGGAAUCCCACGAGGCCGCACCAGCUCGCGUCAAAAGCCUUGUCCAGCGCAUCCAGGCGCAUGCCAAGUCGGACUUCGAGAUGCGCUAUGCGGACGAUCUCGAACGCAGCGCCCACGCUCUGAAGGGCCACCUCGAGCUAUCGCCGGUUGCUCCCCAAAGCCUCGACCAGGUCAAGCAGGCGCUGCAGAGGCACUCUUCCCAGUGCCGCUCAUACAGGGACGCGCUGUAUGCCGCCCUCGAGGCUGCCUUUUUCGGCCUAGGUGGUCGAAGCACUACCCUACUGCCGCGCAUUUGUCCAGCCUUCUUCUUGUCACAGCUUGCAACCUCCCGCUUAAAAACGAUUCCUACCUCCUGGAGGCCAAUGCCCACUUUCAUUAAGCAAUGGCAAGGCAGAUACGUGCCUCCGAAAUGAGUAAGAAGCCAGAGCUCAGGAGGAGAACAACGCCCUGGAUGCGGUUAUGCCGAAAUGAGGGAGAUGGGGAUGGGCCGUCAUUACGGCUACGGCUGACUUGCGCUCGAAUAUAAAAAUACAGCCCUUGGCGCGCGGAAUGUAUGUGAAUACUAAGCUAAAGAGGAGAAGAAAGGUUGAAGGGAAAGGUGUUGCCGAGGGCCGUAUCUUUAUGCUGUCAAUCUUGCCUUAUCUAAGCUCCAGCCAAUCAGUUAUCAACUCUAUCAACCACCACUCGUGGUGCCGUGCCAUAACAAGGCCAAGCGCGAGCUCGACGAGAUGG